AUGUCCUCCUUCUCUAGAGUAGCCCAACGGUCCUGCGCAGCCACGGGCAGACGGCUGGCUGUCAAGACUUCGUCUCUCCGAACCUCCUUCAACGACCGGUUUGCGUCUACCAUCGGUGCUGGAAGUGGCAAGAUUCACCAGGUCAUCGGUGCUGUCGUAGACGUCAAAUUUUAUGGUGCCAAGUUGCCUGCCAUCCUGAACUCUCUUGAGACGGACAAUAAUGGCCAGAAGCUUGUGCUCGAAGUCGCCCAUCUCGGUCAGAAUGUGGUCCGCUGCAUCGCCAUGGAUGGUACUGAGGGCCUCGUCCGCGGCGCUAAGGCAACAGAUACUGGUGCCCCCAUUACCAUCCCCGUGGGCCGUGCCACACUGGGUCGUAUCAUGAACGUCACUGGGGACCCAAUCGAUGAGCGCGGACCCAUCAAGACAGACACGUUCUUACCUAUUCAUGCGGAGCCGCCUUCUUUCACUGACCAGUCCACCUCUGCCGAAAUACUAGUCACUGGUAUCAAGGUCGUGGAUCUGCUCGCUCCCUACGCUCGUGGUCUGCAGGAGCGCAUUACCACCACCAAAAAGGGAUCUAUCACCUCAGUUCAGGCUAUCUAUGUACCCGCCGACGACUUGACAGAUCCUGCCCCCGCCACUACUUUCGCUCACUUGGACGCCACCACUGUUUUGUCCCGUGGUAUCGCUGAGUUAGGUAUUUAUCCCGCCGUUGACCCUCUCGACUCCACCUCCCGUUUACUUGACCCUCGUAUUGUUGGCCAGGAGCACUAUGACAUUGCGACCCGCGUCCAGCAGAUCCUGCAGAAGUACAAGAGCCUUCAGGACAUCAUCGCUAUUCUGGGUUUUGACGAACUGUCUGAGGCCGAUAAGCUUACUGUCGAUCGUGCUCGGAAGAUCCAGCGCUUCUUGAGCCAACCUUUCGCUGUCGCUGAAGUCUUCACUGGCAUCGAGGGUAGGCUAAUUGACCUGAAGGACACCGUCGCCUCGUUCAAAGCCAUCCUUAACGGUGAAUGUGAUGACCUGCCCGAGGCUGCCUUCUACAUGGUCGGUGACCUGGCGUCAGCUCGAAAGAAGGGUGAGAUGAUUAUGGCGAGUCUGAAGAACGAGUAG